AUGAAGAAGAAGUUUGAAAAUAAUAAAAUACUAAACUAUAAAACUCGUAAAAUCAAGAAUAUUUUAAAAAAACACGUUACAAUACACCUGCAUGCCCGUAAAACAAACAAAGGAUCUUUGUCCAUUUCCGGAUUGGGGAAUCCGUCUAUGGUGCAAAGAGUGGGAGGCGGUGGCUUCGGUCCGUGUGAUCUAAGAGAACAAGCAGCGCUGAGAGAGAGAGGGACGGGGAGGGAGACACCUGCAGCCACAGCACACCUGUGUCUACCCCGGCGCGCACACGACACAGCCACGGCUGAGCAGGUCGCUAAUACAGGCGGAGGCAUGGCGGGCAGGCGGAGAGGCAGAGAGCUGCUGGGUGAGGGGAGAGGAAGCCCCAGAGCGGGGGGUCGAGGCCAGCAGGCAGCGGGGAGCCCCAGGGCAGGCAGAGGAGAGGCAGCGGCCAGCAGCGUGCAGCAGGAGAUGCUGGAGAAAGCCAGGGAUCUUUUCCAGCUGUGUGACAAGGAGGAGAAGGGCUUCAUCACCAAGAGAGACAUGCAGCGCUUGCAGAACGAGCUGCCCCUGACUCCGGAGCAGUUGGAGGAUGUCUUCGACAGUCUAGAUCAGGACACGAAUGGCUACCUCACCCCCCUGGAGUUCAGCAUGGGCCUGGGGAGGUUCAUCGGUGUCGAGGUGCUCCCUGAGCCCGAGGGUUCGGACUCGUCUGUCCUGGAGGACACGUUUGUCUCUGGAGGCUGGGAGGAGGACCUGUCCCUGCUGGAGGACAGUGAGGAGAGACGCUUCUGUGUGAUGAUGCAGCAGCUGGGAGCCACGCAGGUCUUCCAAGAUCAGUCCGAGGUCAGGGAGCUGUGGGCGAGGCUGCGCAGGGACCGACCGGAGCUGCUCUCUAAUUUCGAGGCGCUCCUGUCCAAGGUGUCGACUCACAUCCAGGAGGUGAAUCUGGAGAAGGACUCGAUGGAGCAGGCACUGCGCAGGAGGGAGUGUGAUCAUGACAGGGAGGUGCGCUCUCUGUACGAGGAGAUGGAACACCAGAUCACCAUUGAGAAAGACAGGCUGCUGAACCAGGAUUCCCUGCGGCAGAGCGACAAGAGCCUGCAGCUGCAGAGCGAGCUGAGAAUUAGGGAGCGAGAACUGGAGGGAAUUGUGGGGAGACAGAAACAGUUGGAGAGCCAGCUUCACGAGCUGAGCUACGAGCAGGUGGAGACACGGGUUCAGAACGAACGCCUUCGACACACAAACAAGGAUCUGCAGGACCAGCUGGAGAGGAGCACGAGGGAGCUGGAAACAGCACAGCGUCACCUGAGACAGCUACAGGAGCAGGCUUCGAGAGAGCAGAGACAGAAAGACAGGGAUGUUGUCACAGUUUCCAGGAACAUGCAAAAGGAGAAGGAGAGUCUGCUGAAACAGCUGGAGCUGCUGAGGGAGAUGAAUAAGAAGCUGCGUGAUGAGCGUGACGCCCACGAGUCCAGGAAGCUGGUUAGUCUCAGACAGCGUGUCAUGACCCCACCCCUCACGCCACGCCCUGACAGUGGCCACGCCCACCAAUACUGGCACCACCCCUUCAACCACGGACACUACUAGCCACAGGCUCGAGUCUUGUGGAGACUGGACUUGUGUUCCCCAGCUAAACCCCGUCCUUGUAAACCAGCUGGACUGUCAACAAGGUCAUCUGUGUUCCUUCUGAUGACUUGAGGAUGUCUGGCAGCUGUCAGCUGUGCGUGUGGUCUGAUAAAGGACGUUCUGUCAGACAUGCGCAGACGCAAGGAUGAGAAUACGACUACAGCUAUUCAGGUGCAAUGUGUUCGGCAUCCAGCAGGUGGCAUCAAUGUAUAAAUUGGUUGGAUUUAUUUAUGAAUUGAAUGUGCGCUACGAAGACUGUGUAAUGGGCUGGAUUGUUAAAACACCUAUUCCCCAAAAAAUUUUAUAUAAUAUAAUCUUCAAUAUUAAGCAUUGUAGGGAACAACUGACUCUCUCAUUAUAUAUAAUAUAUCUAUCUAUCUAUCUAUCUAUCUAUAUUUCUAUAUAUAUUAGUGCUGGGACAAAUAUCUGAAUAUUCAAACUAAUAUUUUUUGACAUGUAUUCUGAUACAAAAAUCAGAUGUUCAUAAAGUAAAAAAUAAAUUGCGGUGUCAGCUUUAUGUACUAUUUAUUUCCGGAAUAAACAAAACACUGUUUCACUUGAGCUGCUAUUUGGCAUCCUUUGUUUUGUAGUUAAUUCGCUGGGGUAAAGUAAGUCCUACACAACGUAUUCUUUACUGCUGGGAUAUUUUUUCUGUUUUAAUGUGUUGCAUAUUGUAACGUCUUGCUGUAAAAUAAAGGCGCACACACAGGGGCCACGCCCCCUACCCCUGCUGUCUCUCCAAACAUGAAAAUCCUGUGUUCAUCCCAGCACUAAUAUAUAUAUAUAUAUAUAUAUAUAUAUAUAUAUAUAUAUAUAUAUAUAUAUAUAUAUAUAUAUAUAUAUAUAUAUUUAUAUAUAUAUAUAUAUCAAUCUAUGUAUUGUCGAAGAAUGAAUAUGAGUGAAUGAUGCCAUUAGGACAUGUUGUUUGUGUCAAAGGAAUGGAGCAAUUAUUGUAUUUCAUUUGAUCUUAUGUUGAAUGUUUUGCUCAGUAAAGACCCUCGUUCUGAACCCUGGGUUUCCCAUCAG